AUGAAAACGCAUUUUAAACAUCCUCAAAAUGAUUCUAAAGUGCACUGUCUAUUGGACCCACCACACAUGAUUAAGCUUUCGCGGAAUGUGUUCGCCGAAACAAAAAUGAGUUCUGAAAAAGGAGAAAUUAAUUUUGAAUUUGUUAAAAAAUUACAUAAUCUCCAGGAUCAAGAAGGUUUAAGGUUAGCCAAUAAGUUAUCUAGUAUCCAUGUUAAUUUUGGUGGUAAAAAAAUGAAUGUUAGGCUUACCACCCAAGUUUUAAGUUCAUCGGUGGCAGAUUCAAUUGAUUUUUUAAGAUGCAGUGGCAAUUUAAACUUUGCAGAUAGUGAGGCGACAGUUGAAUACAUCAGAAUAUUAGAUCGGAUAUUUGAUAUGUUUAAUUGCAAACAACCUUUUGGUAAAGGAUUUAAAUCUCCUAUGCGUCUAGAGAAUAUGGAUGUGUGGACGAGUAUUUUUAAUGAGACAAGAGAAUAUCUUUGCAAACUUAAAGUUAAUGGUAGCCCAAUGUUGCAGCAUCGUCGCAAGAUACCAUGUCUCGGUUUAAUAAUCGAUACAUUUAGUUUUUCUCAAUUUGCGUUAGAUUUGCUUCAAAAAGGGAUAGUGAAAUAUUUCCUUACGUACAAAUGCUCUCAAGACCAUUUAGAAAUGUUCUUUUCUUGUUUGAGGGUUGCUGGUGGGCAUAAUGAUAACCCGAGUGCUUUGCAAGUCAAGUAUGCCAUAAGAAAACUACUGUUCCGUAACAGCGUCACUCCUAGUGUAAACGCCAAUUCAUUUGACGCAGAUUUUCAAACGUCACCAGUUUUAGAAUUUAAAUCGAAUAAACAUGAAUGCAAUUCAGUAUUUACAACAGAGACAAACGAGGAACAACAAAUUGAAUGGCUCCUUAAUACCGUUAAUGGACGAAAUCUGUCUGAAUACAAAAAUAAUAUUUUAUAUUAUAUAUCAGGUUUCAUUGUAAAAAAGUUUUUAGAGAAAAGCAACUGUGAACAUUGCAACGCGGCGCUGGUAAGCAAUGAAAAUGAAGUCAGUAAAGAGCACAGCUAUACCAUUGAUUUAAAUAAUUAUUCAGCUUUUACCAUGUUUAUAGAUAGAGGUGGUUUGAAAUAUGCAUCAAAAUUCGUUUUUCUUAUUGUUCAAUAUACGGAAAAAGUGUUCAUAACAUUGGCAAAAGAUUCUCUAUUGAAAACUAACAGGCAUAAAAUAUUGAUUCUAAUCCAGCAGCAGUUUUUGGAUAAAUUAGAUUUCCUGAUUGUUCCGCCACAUCCAGUGAAUUCUUUCAAUUGUGAAACCAGACACGAAAUUAUUCUUUUAAAGUUCAUUGCUAACAAAUAUCUCAUAAUAGAAUGUCAACUUAUGGCAAAGAUCUCACAUUCAAGGCCAUUGGCACAUCUCGCGCUACUUUACGCCAUAAAUUGCACAAAACAAUUUUGUUCAGUAAUGUUUAAUUUUCAAAUGUCAACAAUACAGUCAUAAUAAAAUAUACUAUUUUGAUUGCGUUUUAUUAUUAGGGGGGGGAAGGUCUGCCUAUGAAAUUGCUAAUUUCCAUAGAUUCAAAAUUUAUUAUUGUUGAGUUGAGAUUAAAUAAGAAUUUUUUCUGCUUCAUAUUAAUAUUAUUCAAUUUCAAUAAUCAAUAUUUUCUUUUAAUGUCCAAUGUAUUCAGGUAAGAAUGGUUACACUACUUAGAAAGGGACAAACCAAGAUUUAUGACCUCUCACUCGGCGCAUGUUUAGACGCACAGUAAGCAUUCUAGUUGUACGUAGUACUUAUUAAUUCUAUGGUAAUAAGAUAUAUAGUUUUUUUUUAUCAAAUAGUUUUCUUAAUUCAAUUUCGAUUAUACUCUUUCCAUAA